AUGUCUUCCUCAUCAAGGGGCCGUGGCCCGAAUCAGAGGAGCCCCCAUGUUCUGGUGACCGACUCCCGCGAACAGAACUUGUCCGCACAGCCUCGUCGUCGUCGAUCUCCAGCUACUCGCUUCAUAACAGUUGAUAAUGUGCUUCAGUAUGCCUCUGAUGUCCCCUCCAUGCAACAGAGAAACCCACCCGAUACUGCACGGCUACGACCCAGAUCGCGACUCGCAUCCGCAGCAGGCGGAUUGAUCGGCACUGGCGGAGGAGCUGCGCAUAGAGGCAUAGGCACCGGCGCGAAUGCAUCGACUGCAGCAGCUGCAGUUGGACGGUUGGCUGCUCAGCCCCAUUUACCUCCACGUACGACCAAGGUCAGCCAGAAGCUGGUGCUGCUCCCAGAGGAAGGAGUAGGGACAACACCGGAAGACGAGGAAGAAGAGGACGAGGAGGGACUGGGAUUCGGCGAUGAGACUGUUGACGAGGAGCUGGUGCAACGGGUCGCGAAGGAGAAGAAUAUCGAUCCGGACGCCGUGAGGCACACGCUGCUUGCGCAGAAGAAACGAUUGGGCGGCGAUUUUGGCAUUGAUAAUGAUCUUGCUCCGCUCUUGGCUGAAGAGGAGAGACUACGUCGCCGGGCUCUUGGGCCAGAGAGAGCAAAGAGCUAUGCGGAGCGUUUACCCAAAGCGCGUCGUGCGGAGAAACUAGCUCGCGUUACGGCUUAUUGCACGGCGCAGGCUUACAAGAUGACUUCGCUUUCCUCGUUUGUCAAGGAAAGACAUGGCGGGAGAACGAAGCUCUACGACGAUUGUCUCUACACGGCGUAUCAUCUACCGCUGCUACCCGGGCAUGAUGGGUACAGACUGCGGAGUAGUCCCGUAGUGAAGAAGCCGGGCGGUAAAUCUCUACUGGAUGAAGAGAUAGAGCGGAACGAGUUGCGAGAUCACGAUGAGGACUACCUUGAGCCAGAAGAUCAUUCGCUCUUCAGCAGUCGCUCGGGUGACCAUCAUGAGCAAGCGCGGAACGAGCACGGUUCGACUAUAGGCAUGGAUAACGGCUCGGCCAAUGAUGACCAUUCGAGAACUCUAUCCCCCGGCUCAACAGGACCCAACAGACUCCCAUACAAUGUCGCGGAGAUGUUCGUGUUCAGCUACGGAGUGGUAGUUUUCUGGAACUUUACAGCGAAACAGGAAAAGGACAUUCUCGCCGAUCUAGCAUUCGCGACUUCGUCAGCAACGGGCUCACCACUACCACUGGCCACAAUGCCCUUGCAGGAGGAAGAUUUUGAGACCGAGGAGUUCCACUUUGAAUACUCUACUGAAAUCUCCCGUCCACGCGUUUACAAUGAUAUGAUCACUCUAAGAAGCGGCGACCACAUGAUCAAGCUGGCAAUCAGCCACGGCAUUGCGCAAAGCACCAAACUCUGCUUCUUUGAGGAAGUCAUGGCCCGCCAAAUGGCAGAAGCAAAGGAUGUACCGCGCCGUCUCGCAAUGACCGGGAAACUGGGUCUUAAAAGAGAGGAGGUCUUUAGAAUUCUAGGCAAGCUAUUCAAAAGCAGAGUCGAAGUUAACCUUUGUAUGUUCCCCCUCUCUCCCACCGAUGUGAUUGCACUAAUAAGCACAGCCUCAAACGUCCUCGACGUCCCCAACUUCUUCUGGGAAAGCGAACCAACCCUCUACCCGCUCUACAUCGCCGUCCGCGAAUACCUCGAAAUCAAACCCCGAAUCCAAGUCCUGAACGAACGAUGCCGCGUCUUCCUUGACCUCGCCGAGAUUCUCUCCGACUCUAUCGCAGACAGCAAAACUUCUCACCAAACCUGGAUCAUUAUUGUGCUAAUCCUUAUUUCGAUCGUUGUUACGACAUCCGAAGUCUUCCUACGCUUCGGCCUCCUCUCUGCUGGGAAAGGUCCCUCCGCAACUAGUUUUGGCGCCGGUGUGAUCACUAGAGCUCUGCGUGGCAAUCCCUCCCCAGCUCUACCUUCGUGUUCUUGUCCGGACGUUGUGAACUCUAACAUGUCUGGGUUGGGAAACUAG